AGAAUAUGAUCCAAGUUUGCAAUGCACGGAUCGACGUUGAAUCUUGAAGUCGAAUUUGAAUAUAUCUAUAAAGACGGAGCAGUAGUGAUAAAUAACAGGCCCUAUUCGACCAGCCUUGAAAUCCUGCACUCAACUUCUAAAUCCAAAUUCUACUACGAACUCAAGACUUACAAAAAUGGCAUCUCUACUCCGCCUCCCCGCUCCCCUUCCACCAACAUCCCUCACACUGGGCCAACUCAUUACCGACCCUCUCUCCAACAACUCCCUAUCUCACACACCAUCAAUCACCCACGAUGAAACCAAUCACGUUACAACUGCCCAAAAAACAAGACUCAAAACUCUCACAAACCCCAUCAUAUUCCUCUCACACCUUGCCAACUCCCCACAAACCCUCUCCUUCCUCCGCAAAACAGCCCUCCAAAGCAAACCCAUCUACCUCGUCACCGCCCUGGAAACCGCACAAAAGCCCACCUCCUCCAAUACCGCCUCCUCAGCCUCUGUCCGCCGCGUAGACUCAGCAUCAGACAUUCACUCUAAAUCCUCAAAGCAACUAGAGGAUGAGUCGAUAGUUGCGGUCGGACUGAGGGAGGUGAAAUGUAAAGUCGAGGAUAGAGAGGCGCCGCAUGCGUUGGAGGAUAUUGGGUUUGAGUGGGGGUAUUAUGAGGAUGGGGGUGAAGAUGGCCAGGUGGCUGUUGGGUUGGGGGGAUUAUUUAGUGCGGGUGUAGAGGAUGGGGAGGAGAGGAGAAGUAGUGGUGAGAGGGGGAGGAAAGAACAAAGAGAGGAAGAGGAUAGUGUGGAUGAGGGGAUUGGGGGGUUCUGAGCGAUGUCUCUCAUAAUGACCUUUCUGACUGUUGGUAUUUGAUGGUUGGGUGUUUUCAACGAUUCUUCACGUUAACGAUUGAGAUUGGUGGUUAGGAAUAACUACAUGGAUGAAAUGGGUUGCAGAAGGACAAAAGAAGAGCCUGAAUGGCGCUCAGCAGUAUAGCAUGGGUAUACGGCGUUAAGAACAUUUUGCACAUGUAUGCAGUUCAAACAAGUCUAAGAUUGUGAGAAAC